AUGACGUUGUCAAUGCUCCUUGAUUGCACUAAUGCGUGGAGGAUGGCACUCCUUGAGGAGAAGCCACAGAUGUUCCAUUGCAGAAUACUUAGUUUGCGUGCCAUGAUGUUUCUAACGUGUGAACACGCCCUGAUUCUGUACCAACUCAUGCCCCUUAACCACCCUGGGACAGCUGGCAAGCAUCUUCCUCAAUGUGGAGGAGCUGUUGGAACACAACAGAGUCUUUUCCUUUCAGCUGCGAGAUGCCUUGGAAAUUGCCCUCGACCAGGGGGACGAGGACUCCUCACCGUCAACGUUGCCAAACUCUUCCUGCAUGCGGCCCCUAUGCUCCAUGCCUUUGAAAAUUACUGUGUGAGACAGGGCUCGGCGUCUCUGUUACUGCAGACAUUAGAGAAGGAGAAGGAACUGCUGAGGAUAUUCCUAAAGGUGUCCCAAAUGGAGAACACAUUGCUGCGUCGUAUGAAUUUGCAUUCCUUCUCAUGGUGA